AUGACUGCUCGUCGUUGGACGAGCAGUGACGACUACAUCGUCGGCUGGAUAUGCGCCCUGCCAUGCGAACUGGAUGCUGCCCGACGAGCCCUGGACCAGGAAUACGACUGCCAGCUGAAACUAUCUGAGAACCAUCAGAAUGUAUACGUCUAUGGAGAGAUCAAUGGCUUUAACAUUGUAAUCGCAUGUCCACCGUUCGCAGAGUACGGAACAACGCCAGCAAUAAUCACAGCCCAACACAUGAAGGCCAGCUUCAAGUCGUUGCGGUACAGGUUCCUGGUUGGGGUUGGAGGGGGUGCCCCCAAUGAAUCAAACGACAUACGCCUAGGUGAUGUUGUAGUCAGUACUCCUAUGGGAAACGACUCAGGGGUUAUACCAUAUGACUGGGGAAAGAGAUUGCCCUCAGGUCAGUCCCAGCAAAUUGGGACGCUUAACAAACCGCCUCAGCCGCUCCGCAGAGCGAUAUCUUGCUUGCAAACAGAUCACAACUUCAACACUCACUUAGCCGGAUCCCUAGCCCCCAUCCUGACAUAUGGCAAACGUAUUGAGUGUCCGGCACACGAUAAAGACCGUCUUUUUGCGUCAAGCUACACUCACCCCGACCCAGAGGUACCAUGUGCCAGUUGUGAUCAGACACAGGUUAUUCCACGGAAAAAGAGACUUUCGGAUUGCCCUCGCGUGCAUUAUGGGCUGAUCGCCUCAGGGAAUCAAGUGAUGAAGGACGCAGUAACCCGGGAUGAACUAGCAAAUUCUCGAGGUAUUCUAUGCUUUGAGAUGGAAGCUGCUGGAUUGAUGGACGAAUUCGAAUGUCUGGUCGUCCGCGGAAUACAUGAUUAUUCAGACUCGCACAAAAACAAGGAUUGGCAGUCUUAUGCGGCAGCUUCGGCGGCGGCAUAUGUCAAAACACUCUUGAAAAUAUUUGCCCCGGCCCAUUAG